AAGAUGUCAGGGGAGGAGGAGUUUUAUCUGUUCAAGAACAUCUCCUUGGUGGGGCCAUGGGAUGGGCCUCAGUACCACAUUGCCCCGGUCUGGGCCUUCCGCCUCCAGGCAGUCUUCAUGGGCUUUGUCUUCUUUGCAGGGACACCACUCAAUGCCACGGUGCUGGUGGCCACCCUCCGCUACAAAAAAUUGCGACAGCCACUCAACUAUAUUCUGGUCAAUGUGUCCCUGGGGGGUUUCAUCUACUGCAUCUCUGUGUCCAGCGUCUUCAUCGCCAGCUGUCACGGAUACUUCAUCUUUGGGCCCCUUAUUUGUGCUUUGGAGGCCUUCCUGGGAACUAUAGCAGGUCUGGUGACAGGCUGGUCACUGGCCUUCCUGGCCUUUGAGCGCUACCUGGUCAUCUGUAAGCCCUUCGGCAACUUCCGCUUCAGCUCCAAGCACGCACUGAUGGUGGUCCUGGCUACCUGGACCAUUGGUAUCGGCGUCUCCAUCCCGCCCUUCUUUGGCUGGAGCCGGUACAUCCCUGAGGGCCUGCAGUGCUCCUGCGGCCCCGACUGGUACACUGUGGGCACCAAAUACCGCAGCGAGUACUACACCUGGUUCCUCUUUAUCUUCUGCUUCAUUGUGCCUCUCUCCCUCAUCUGCUUCUCCUACUCGCAGCUGCUGGGAGCCCUCCGAGCCGUUGCAGCCCAGCAACAGGAGUCUGCUUCAACCCAGAAGGCCGAGCGGGAGGUGAGCCGGAUGGUGGUGGUGAUGGUGGGGUCCUUUUGUUUCUGUUACACGCCCUAUGCUGCAAUGGCCAUGUACUUGAUCAACAACCGGAACCACGGGGUGGACCUACGGCUGGUCACCAUUCCUGCCUUCUUCUCCAAGAGUGCUUGUGUCUACAACCCCAUCAUCUAUUGCUUCAUGAAUAAGCAGUUCCGAGCCUGCAUCAUGGAGAUGGUGUGUGGGAAGCCCAUGACAGACGAUUCUGAAAUGUCCAGCUCCCAGAAAACAGAAGUCUCUUCUGUCUCUCCCAGUCAAGUUGGCCCCAACUAAGGAGCCAUACUGGCUUACCUGCAGCAAUUAGGAUUUUACAUUUAGAGAAAUUUCUUCUCUCUCUCUCAAAAACCAAACUAACAGAUGCAGAAUAAGAUGGGAAGGGAAUAGUGGGAAUUCAGGGACUCAACUUUCCAUUUUCCUACUGCUCCUUUCCUACCUACAAAGCUAUUGUUCCAACUGGGUCUUCUUCAGGUCACUCCAAAGGCCAUGUCAACAAUCCUCAAUUUCUACUCCUAAGUGGCAUCAUUCAUAACACUUGGAGAACUGAUUAAGUAUGAGGCCACGAUAAAGGAGUAUGGAUUUUUCAGUGUAUGGAUAAGCCACUAGGGAAAUUCAAAUCAAAACCACAUUGAGAUAUCACCUUACACCAGCUGGAAUGGCCAAAAUUAACAGGAUAAGAAAUAACAAGUGUUGGAGAGGAAGUAGAGAAAGGGGAAUCCUCUUACACGGUUGGUGGGAAUGCAAGUUGGUGCACCCACUUUGGAAAACAGUGUGGAGAUUUCUUCAGAAAUUAAAAAUAGAGUUACUCUAUGACCCUGCAAUUACCCCAAAGAUACAGAUAUAGUGAAAAGAAGGGCCAUCUGUACCCCAAUGUUCAUAGCAGCAAUGGCCAACUGUGGAAAAAACCAAGAUGCCCUUCAACAGACAAAUGGAUAAAGAAGAUAUGGUCAUUAUAUACAAUGGAAUAUUAUGCCUCCAUCAGAAAGGAUGAAUACUUAACUUUUUGUAUCAACGUGGACAGGACUGGAAGAGAUUAUGCUGAGUGAAGUAAGUCGAGCAGAGAGUCAAUUACAUGUUUCACUUACUUGUGGAGCACAGGGAAUAACAUGGAGGACAUUAGGAGAAGGAAAGGAAAAGUGAAAUUGGGAUAAACCAGAGGGGGAGAUGAAGCAUGAGAGAUUGCAGACUCUGAGAAAUAAACUGAGGGUUUUGGUGGGGGGUGGGGUGGGUAUUAAGGAGGGCACAUAUUGUAUAGAGCACUGGGUGUGCUGCAUAAACAAUGUUGGAA